AUGAGACCGGGCGGCGGAGACCAGCAGGGCGGCGGCGACGGCACGACGCCGCGGUCCGCGGCGGCCGGGCGGGCCAUGGUGGAGCUGCAGGCCAACGCGUCGGCGGCGGCGGCGGGCGGCGCCAUGGUGGUGGGGCUCAGCCCGCUCAGCGAGACGCUGUGGCGGGACAGCAAGGCGCUGCCCCCCGGCGCCGGCCCCGCCGCGCUCAUCGGCGACGUGUCAGCCAGGCUCACCUGGAAGGACCUCUGCGUCACCGUGGCGCUGGGCCCCGGCAAGACGCAGACGGUGCUGGACGAGCUCACCGGGUACGCCGAGCCCGGCUCGCUCACCGCGCUCAUGGGGCCCUCGGGCUCCGGCAAAUCCACGCUCCUCGACGCCCUCGCCGGCCGCCUCGCCGCCAACGCCUUCCUCUCCGGCAACGUGCUCCUCAACGGCCGCAAGGCCAAGCUCUCCUUCGGCGCCGCGGCGUACGUGACGCAGGACGACAACCUGAUCGGGACGCUGACGGUGCGGGAGACGAUCGGCUACUCGGCGCUGCUGCGGCUGCCGGACAAGAUGCCGCGGGAGGACAAGCGCGCGCUCGUGGAGGGCACCAUCAUCGAGAUGGGCCUCCAGGACUGCGCCGACACCGUCAUCGGCAACUGGCACCUCCGCGGGGUCAGCGGCGGCGAGAAGCGCCGCGUCAGCAUCGCGCUCGAGCUCCUCAUGCGCCCGCGCCUCCUCUUCCUCGACGAGCCCACCAGCGGCCUCGACAGCUCGUCUGCGUUCUUUGUCACGCAGACGCUGAGGGGCCUGGCCAGGGAUGGCAGGACAGUGAUUGCCUCCAUCCACCAGCCCAGCAGUGAGGUGUUCGAGUUGUUCGACAUGCUCUUCCUGCUGUCCAGUGGCAAAACCGUCUACUUCGGCCAAGCAUCCCAAGCAUGUGAGUUCUUUGCUUCAGCCGGUUUCCCUUGCCCGCCUCUGAGGAAUCCGUCUGACCAUUUCCUGAGGUGCGUCAACUCUGACUUCGACAAGGUGAAGGCCACCCUCAAAGGAUCAAUGAAAGCAAGGAUUGAGAGGUCUGACGACCCCCUGGAUAGGAUGACCACAUCAGAAGCCAUCAGGAAGUUGAUUGCAUCAUACAGCAGGUCCCAGUAUUACUACGCCGCAAGGGAGAAAGUCAAUGAUAUCUCGCGAAUAAAAGGAACGGUGCUGGAUUCAGGCGGCAGCCAGGCCAGCUUCCUGAUGCAGGCUUGCACCCUGACCAAGCGUUCAUUCAUCAACAUGUCACGGGACUUUGGGUAUUACUGGCUCAGGCUCCUGAUCUAUCUCCUUGUGACCGUUUGCAUCGGCACAAUAUACCUGGACGUCGGCACCAAAUACACAUCCAUCCUGGCCAGGGCUGCCUGUUCUGCGUUCGUCUUUGGGUUCGUCACAUUCAUGUCCAUUGGAGGGUUCCCUUCAUUUGUCGAAGAAAUGAAGGUUUUCCAGCGGGAACGGCUCAAUGGGCACUAUGGUGUUGCAUCGUUUGUCAUCAGCAACACUAUCUCAGCAACGCCGUUCCUGAUUCUAAUAUGCUUCUUGUCGGGAACCAUAUGUUACUUUAUGGUGCGCCUUCAUCCUGGUUUUGAACACUACAUCUUUUUCGUGUUGAACCUCUACGCCAGUGUCACCGUGGUGGAAAGCUUAAUGAUGGCAAUUGCCAGUGUCAUUCCCAAUUUUCUCAUGGGUAUCAUCAUAGGAGCUGGAAUUCAGGGAAUAUUUAUGCUGGUCUCGGGAUACUUCAGACUUCCGUAUGACAUCCCAAAGCCAUUUUGGAGAUACCCCAUGCAGUACAUCAGCUUCCAUUACUGGGCACUGCAGGGCCAAUGCCAGAAUGACAUGAAAGGCCUCGUAUUUGACAACCAGUACCCGGAUCAACCCAAAAUCCCUGGUGACUUCAUCCUGAAGUACAUCUUCCAGAUCAAUGUGGAUCGGUCCAAGUGGAUUGAUCUGUCGGUUAUCUUCAGCAUGAUCUUCAUCUACCGCAUCCUGUUCUUCCUCAUGAUCAAGAUCAACGAGGACGUGCUGCCAUGGAUCCGUGGCCACGUCGCCAGGAAAAGGAUGCAGAACAAAGGCCCAAGCGCCACCUUCGGCAAGACACCCUCCCUACGAGGCUAUGUUGUUGAUCCAGAGCUUGGCUCCAACGAGGGCUAGAGGAUAAAGCUGUUGUUUUGGGUGGUAGCAGGAAUAGGGCAUUUCUCCCCCAGCUCUUGGUGUUAUAUUGUACGUAUUUAAGAUGAGGAACUGGUAUCAUACGUUUUGGAACUGAAGCUAAUUUGGGUACAGGUAUACAUACAUGUAAUGUGAGCAAAGUGGCAUCGGAAAAAUGCAGAGUGACACAUAACUGAUUGUUCAGGAUUUAUUGGCUCCUUUUGAAAACAGAUGAAGAAAUGGUUGGCGCCAACAACGCCAGUCUCA